CAGUGACUGUGUCUCUAUCUUGAUUUUUCUCUCCCUGUCCAGCUCUGCCUCUCUCCUCUCUAAUGAUAGUCAGCAGGACUGAUAGGCAGAUAUAUUUACACUAGUGGCAAGGGAGGAAGAAGUCAUCAGCCAAGCCCUGUUCAGCCUCUGGGCUCUGGCAGGCGGGGCUUAGAGGAAACCCUUGCUGGUUAGCCCCUCCCCGAGCAGGGCAUAUCUCUGUGUGCUGUCCCUGGCCCGGAGUUCUCAGCUAGAUGGGACCAAAGCUUCACUGGCCCCAGACUAACACACUCCCACAUCAGCCUCUGGGGGAGAGAGAGCAGAAAAAAAGGAGGCAGGAAGCGAAAGCAGCACAGCGAGUAUAGAGCUUCUGCUGGUGCGCACACUGGCUGAGAGACGCAGAAGAAAGCCAGUGUGUGUGGUUAGUUUGUUUUGGUUUUUUUUGUUUUUUUUUCCUGACGCUAGUUUUCUGCUAGAGCUGUUGAUGAGGCAGGCUGGGUCAGCUCCAUCUCAUAUCAGUCUGGCGUCCAGAGGUGACCAGGGGGGUCGAAGUGUCUACGGCGUCUCGAGUGUGUAUGACUUUACUUUACAACUCUUGAACACUGGAACUGUACUGUAAGCAUUAUGACUCUUCUGGGCUCUGAACACUCCAUACUGAUACGAAGCAAGUUUAGAUCAGUCCUACAGUUAAGACUUCAGCAGAGGAGGACACGAGAGCAGCUGGCAGACCAAGGCAUCAUGCCUCACCCAGCCUCAGACGGCUCCUCUCUGGAGGCCCAGAUGAGGCUAAAGCGAGCCCGGCUCGCCGAGGACCUGAAUGAGAAGCUGGCUCUCAGGCCGGGGCCCCUGGAGUUGGUCCAAAAGAAUAUCAUUCCUCUAGACUCUGCCGUCACAAUGACAGUAAACCAUGGUAAGUUCCCAAAGCAGGAGGACUCUUAUGCAUUUGAGGAGGACAGCAGCAGUGAGAGUCUGUCUCCAGAGCAGCACCACAGUGAUGAGUCGCAGGGCUCGGCCUGCCCUUCGUCUGAGGCUGUCGGCAGCGCACCCUCCUCCUCCUCCUCACCUGCCCUCACCAGCCCACGGCAGGGAAAUACAACCAGAGACCCACCUGAACAAAGCCAGGAUGAAGGCCUGUCUGGUGCCAACAGCAGCCAAACUACUCCCCCUAUACCUGUUCCUGCUAUUGUAAAGUCUAAGACAUCAGACAAGAACCGUCACAAGAAGCCCAAAGAUGUGAAGCCUAAGGUGAAGAAGCUCAAGUACCACCAGUAUAUUCCUCCAGACCAGAAGGCAGAGAAGUCCCCUCCACCCAUGGACUCAGCCUAUGCCCGACUCCUGCAGCAGCAGCAGCUCUUCCUGCAGCUACAAAUUCUCAGCCAGCAGAAACACGCUCACACACAUGCACAGUCGCAGCAGUCACAGCAGCACGCACACACUCCACAGACACAAGCCCAGGCUCAGCAGCGGCAGCCCGCUUUCAGCUACCAGCCUCAUCCACAGAGCCAAACCCAGAAAGGAGUGAGUGAGCAGCUGUCAGCCUGCAGCUCCAGUGGUCCAUCCAGCCAAACCAACAGUAACUCCUCCUCCCCGGUCAAGAACACAUAUCCCAACCAGAGCAACACAUUACCGAUCAAACCUGGGCCCCUGCCCGCUAAUCUGGAUGACCUAAAAGUAUCAGAGCUUAGGCAGCACCUGCGAAUUCGUGGCAUGCCCGUCUCUGGCACCAAGACGGCCCUCAUCGAGCGACUUCGGCCUUUCAAGGACUCUAACGCCGGCUCCUCACCCUCGGGUGCCUCUGACAUCACCACAGUGACCUUCCCUGUCACACCCACGGGGUCCCUGUCCUCCUAUCAGUCCCCAUCCUCUUCCAGUGCCCUGUCACAGGGAGGGUACUAUCCUUACCCAAGUACCUCCUCCACCCCUCCCAUCUCUCCGGCCUCAUCUGAGUUGUCCCUCAGCGGCUCGCUUCCAGACAGCUUCAGUGAUGUGCCCAUGUCUUCACCAACGCAGUUCGGCUUGCAGCCAUCUCCGACCCAGCUCAAUAUGGAAGAUGGCGUAGGAGGAGGGAGCCUAGGUGGGGGAGGACUGAGGGCAGGGGACGGCGGAGGUAUGGAUGGAGUGGAAGCUGAGAAAGAUAAAAUGCUGGUGGAAAAGCAGAAGGUGAUUGAAGAGCUGACGUGGAAGCUGCAUCAGGAGCAGAGACAGGUUGAAGAGCUGAAGAUGCAGCUUCACAAGAGGAAACGCUGCUAUGGAGCAACACAGGACAGCAUCGCUCCUACAUCCAACCCCCCUAUACACCACCAACAAUCUCCAGCCAUGAUGGGCCAGCACUUCUUUGGGGUGACUAUCAAGCAGGAGCCCAUGUCCUUGUCUUCUAGCUGUCCUCUGUCUUCUCCCAAACAGCUGAAGAGCUCUCCUGGCAACUGCAUGGAGGAUAUGGGACACUGCAAUGCCCCGCUCCCCAGUAUGGGGGGCCCAGGUGGGCCACAAUGUAUGGACACGUCCUCUGGUAGCCCCUCUACAAUGUCAGCUUUCCUCAGUCCACAGUGCUCACCGCAAGACUCCCCAAUUGGAAAGCCCUCUACUAGCCCCCAGCCUUCAUCUCCUAAUAACCCCUACUUGCUGUCACCUCCACUGGGAAGAGAUGGUUGUGUUCACCCCCACCCCCAGGGCAAUAACAGAGCACGCAACAUGCAGAUGCAACAGAAGAAUGGCGGCCAGACGGUGAACUGUUCUUAUCCUUCUGACCAAAGGAGCCUUCAGGGAGUCUUUCCUAACUCAGCUGACUGUGGCCACAGUGCCUCAGCCAAGGCUGACAACCAGGAUAUUCAACCAAAGAUGUCAGUAUUGCCCUCUCCUCGGCAUGUUGGCCAAAAGUGCCAGGUCUCUCCCCCUGCCUUCAGUAGCUCAGAUUCAGAUGCAUCUGACUUAAGACAGCCCCCAUGCUAUGAGGAUGCAGUCAAGCAGCAACUGACCAGAAGUCAGCAGAUGGACGAACUUUUGGAUGUGCUCAUAGAGAGUGGAGAGAUGCCAGCUAACGCCAGAGAAGAGAGGGAGAGGUCCUCUGUAACCAAAGUUGUGCCUCACAUUACUGUGUCCCCAGGGUGUCUCGGCCUCCUCAUCCCGAGGUUCCACAGACACUACGAACACCUGUCCCCCACCCAGCCCCCUUAUGACCACUCGGCCAAUCCCAUCACUGAGAGCCACCUGGAGACUCUGCUGGCAAGUCCAGCUGGCUGGGGAGGGGAAGUGGCCCUGCUUAAAAGGGCUACUGAGGACAGGGGUCAGGAAGAUGAAGGGAACAGAGACGGCGAAGGGUACGGCAGCCCCCAUAACCACCACCGCCACCCUCAACAUCUCCAACAGGACAAACUUCUGACCAAUAGAGAUCUGAUGGACACGCCCUUGUCGCCCAUCAGCACCAAGGCGUCCGCUGUCUCAGAGGUGCAAGGGAUGGUCAGCAUGACUUUCAGUGAGACGCCGUGGGAGACAAUGGAGUGGCUGGACCUGACACCACCUAGCUCAGCCACGGCCUUCAGUGUUGCUCCACCCAGCGGGCCCAACAUCUUCAACUCAGAGUUCCUUGAUGUUACAGACAUUAACUUGAACUCUGCCAUGGACCUUCACCUGGAGCAUUGGUGAAGGCAUUAUUGCCAGCAAAGCCCUGGCUAACAUGCUAACCAUCAAACACAAGACACAAGCUUGCAUUAGCUGUACAGACUGCUCAUAUUAGCCUUGACCAUAGCAAAGAACUAUUGAAUUUUGCCUUAACAGCUUCAGCCCAAGUGCCAGAAUUCACCUCUUGUUGUGCAAUGGGAUAUCACGUCAAGUAGACCGUUAGCCUACAUCCAAAGAAAGAUAGCUAAGUCAGAAGUUCAGAAGUUGAACUCCAGAAUUAUAUUUUGACUUUUUUUCACUGAAGUGAGGUUCUCAUGUUGCCUUUAUAUCCAGAAUCCAAAGACUAGGUGCUUUUUGACACAAUCUUCAAACGUGCAUGCGCACAGUUGCCAUAAAAGUAAGAUAGUGGACACAUGAAGGAUUUUCUAGAUAAUGGAAAUACAUAAUUACAGUGCUUUAUACCAACACUUUAUGCAAUAUCAGUGUUACACCACCUAGACUUGAAGACACAUGUUGACAGUCAUUGUAUAUUUUUUGAGUCUUUGUUUGUAUUACUGGAAAAAAAAUGAAAGGAAUUACAAGUUGAAUUGGAUUGCUUAUUAUGGCCAUUUUGUAAAUAUCUUAACUAUCUGUACUGACAGAGACAGGUUGACGUCUGCAUAUUUUGUCAGUGGUGUGGGAGACAACAAGCCACUAAUCAAGUGUAUUAUGUAAUCAGUUCAUCAAUUGAUGUAAAUAUGACAAAAAAAAAAUCUCACUGUGCACCUCUAGCUAAAUACACAUUUGUCACAGUUUGCUUAAGCUUAGAAUAUGUGCAUAGAAAUGGUUGUCAUUCCUUUGAAAGACUUUUUUUAUACAAGUUUCUUUACACUAUUUGGUGUAUUUAUCCACAAAAUGACAUUACGGAGAAAAAUUAAUGUCUGAAAAAACUUUGGUCUUAUCGGUUUUAAUCGUCAGACAAACAGUGCCUUAUUUGCAACAGCUUUUUAUUACUGAAAAAUUUUAUACCAGUUUCUCCUUUACAAUGUAUUAUAGAUUUAUUAUUCCCUGAAAAUUGUUAACAAAUAUUAAUACAAAAAGCUCCACAAAAAGCUUGUUUAGCUGCAAAAUCAGACACAUUUCAAUGAAAACGCAAAUGAAAAAUGCUACUUCAUCUCUGUUUUUUUCUUACUAAAUCAGUUCUUGAUCAUAUAAAUUUCACCCUUUCUAUUCCCAGGCCAAUCAGUUAUUUAUUUUGUGUUUUUAUAUUUAUACUUUAUCCUGUAUUUAUACUGACAUUCCUUUAAUAUUAGAUUGGGACUCUUUCAUUUACUGGAAACUCCAGUGCUGCCAUUUGGACCAUGGAUAUUUCUUUGUAAAUCAAUUCUCUUAAAAAUGUUAUACAAAGUGUAAGAACCACUUGGAAAAGCCAUGCUCUCUUAAAUCAUUUUCUUUAUAGAAUCAUAUGAAGUGGAAGUGUGCAUUAUUAGCACUUGUGAAUAGGAAAAUGUAAUAUAUUCAGACCUUUACUGUGAAUACUGCAUAUUAACACAGCAUAAACUUGUACCAAAGCCAGAGUAUACACACAGUAGUUACACUAAUGACAUCACUUCUGACUCAAAACACCUUUAAGGUUUUAGUUUUAGUCAGUUAUUGUCAGUUUUUCACCCUUGUAAAUGCUUAAAGGAAGGCGUAAGAUGAGAAGAUACCACUCUCAUAUCUGCAAACUGUGAAACUGUUAGCCUGCUGUUAAGGUCUAGUCAGGCCUCAUUCAGACCAGAUCAGACGCUGUACCCAAAAUGCCAGUCUUCUCAUUCAUUUGGAGUGUGGUUAGUGCAUUUAGGCUGAGGAGGUACAGGCCACACAGGAAAAAAAAAAACACAGCAGCCUCGCGGUGACAAAGUUGAAACAGACUCAACUUCUGGAGAAACACAUAAAUGAGCAAUCAGAAUAGCUGGCCAACAAUAUUGUUCCACUUGUUAACAACCGGCUCAGAGUUUCUGUUAUGUUAACAACAUCGUGCUGACAGGAAACUUCAUGAGCAAUGGACGAGAAAAAAAAACUUUGAAAAUUGUCGUGGAUGGAGAAAGUCUCUUUGCAAGAGCUGCUGCUCCCGAGCUGAGAGCUGUUUCAUCUGUACCAGACAGACAUUAGAGUGGUAUCAGUCUUCUCAGUUGGGUAACUCUGGGCAAGAAAGUGAAUGAGCACACUUCCCUGAAUGUCAAACUAUUGCUUUAAGUGCAUUGGCCAAUUAAUUUGUUUCAUUUACUUGUGUUCUGUUUAGACUUUGUGUUCUGUUUAGACCAAAUAUUGCUUUUUUUUUCUGUUACUUAUGAAGUGUUGCUUCUAUGGUGACGUGUAGGCUCUCAAUGCCCAUCUUCACUAUAUGACAAAGCAGAUAUUCUUUACUUCCUGUCUUCUGUUGAAGAAUAUCUACUGGCCUUGUUAUUUUGUGGGUUUCAUUUUGCAAUAAUUCUCCCGAAAAGGGGAAAGAAAAUCACAUCUGACAGAAGCUUCGACGUUGCUUGGCCACAGACUUGCUUUACUAUCGUUUAAAAAAAAAAAAAAAAAAAAAAAAGUAUUUGCCUGCAUCCCUGUAUAUUACAGAAAGAAGAGCAAUAAACUUAUCACAGCAAAA